AUGGCGCCUGGAUUCGACUCCAACGGCUCCGGCAAGAUGGACAUCAAGACUGACGACGUCGCUCCCCGCAUGUCCACCGAGGACAAUGCCGACCACUUCCUCGAAUCCCUGGGCUACAAGCCCGAGCUAUCGCGCAAUCGAUCGACUGCCCAGGUCGCCUUCAUGUCAUUUGUCCUGGCCUCGAUCCCCUACGGUCUCGCCACGACUCUCAUCUACCCCAUCAUUGGCGGCGGCUCCGUCGUCGUCAUCUGGGGCUGGGUUCUCGUCUCUCUCAUCAUCGUCUGUGUCGCUGCCUCUCUUGGCGAAAUUACCAGCGUUUAUCCCACAGCUGGAGGCGUCUACUACCAAGCCUUUAUGCUUGCCCCCGCCAAUUGGCGCCGCAUCGCCAGUUGGGUCUGCGGUUGGCUCUAUGUCGUCGGAAACAUUACCAUUACACUCGCUGUCAACUUUGGUACCGCUCUCUUCUUCAUUGGCUGUAUCAAUGUCUUUGACAAGGGUCUCGACGCCGACGGCUUACCCAUCCCCAUGAUCGAAGGCACCAGCUGGCAGCAGUUCAUCCUCUUUCUCGCCAUUACCAUACUCUGCAACCUUGUUUCCUCUCUCGGAAACAAGUGGCUGCCCUGGAUUGACACGGCCGCCAUCUUUUGGACCUUUGCCGGUGUCAUUGCAAUUACCAUUACCGUCCUUGUCAUGGCCAAAAAUGGCCGCAACUCGGGCGCCUACGUCUUUGGUCAUUUCGAGACGUCGUCUGGCUGGCCCAAGGGCUGGUCUUUCAUGGUCGGUCUCUUGCACGCCGGCUACGCCACCUCAUCCACCGGCAUGAUUAUCUCUAUGUGCGAAGAAGUCCAGGAGCCCGCUACCCAGGUCCCCAAGGCCAUGGUCGCCACCAUCUUCAUCAACACAUUUGCCGGCCUCCUCUUCCUCAUCCCCCUCAUGUUCGUCAUGCCCGCCGGCGAAAUCGCCGACAUCAUCGCCUCUGGCCAGCCCGUCCCCUUCAUUAUCAAGUCCGCCGUCGGCUCCCCGGGCGGCGCCAUUGGUCUCUUGAUUCCCCUCAUGGUCCUUGCCCUCAUUUGUGGCAUUGGCUGCACCACGGCCGCCUCCCGCUGUGUCUGGGCAUUUGCUCGCGACGGCGCCAUCCCCGGCUCCAGGUGGUGGGUCAAGGUCAACAGGAAUCUCGACGUGCCUCUGAAUGCCAUGAUGCUCAGCAUGGUUGUCCAGGUUGUCCUCGGCCUCAUCAACUUUGGUUCCGCCGUUGCCUUCAACGCCUUUUCUGGUGUCGGUGUCAUUUGCCUGACUGCCUCGUACGGAACACCCAUUGCCAUCAACAUCCUCACCCGCCGCGCCAAGGUGGCUGAUGCCCCGUUCCCUCUCGGCAAGUUUGGCUAUGUCGCCAACUUUGUUGCCGUUGCCUGGUCUCUUCUCGCCCUCCCUCUCUUCUGCAUGCCCACCAACUACCCUGUCACCAAGAUCGAAAACGUCAACUUUGCCUCGGUCGUCUUUGCCGCCGCCAUGUCCAUCUCUGCCCUCUGGUACGUUGUCUGGGGCCACCGCAACUACGCUGGUCCCCCCGUACAGGAGCACCAGCACAUGCAAUAA